AAAGUUAGAGUAUCAUACUACUGCAUACAUGGGGCUUUCUUGCAGGAGCUGUUUAUCCCUUUCUUCGUCAUCUUUGUGCAGCUUUGUUCUUGCUAUCUUUCAGCUCUUGUCCUUCGCCGUAUUGCCUGCAGCCUUUGCCAUGCGCAGCGCCAAUAAUGAAACAGAUCGACUAGCAUUGCUGGAAUUCAAGGACAAGAUAGCUGAUGAUCCACUUGGGAUGAUGAGUUCAUGGAAUAGUUCUCUUCAUUUCUGCCAGUGGCAUGGCGUCACUUGUGGCCGGAGACACCAGAGGGUGACUAUGCUAGACCUAGGAUCCCUCAAACUUUCAGGUUCCAUAUCACCAUAUGUUGGCAAUUUAAGUUUUUUAAGAAAAUUGUAUCUUGAAAAUAAUAGCUUCAGCCAUGACAUCCCUCCUCAGAGUGGCCAUCUGCGUAGGCUGCAAAUCUUGUCACUUUACAAUAAUUCAUUUGGUGGUGAAAUUCCUCCAAACAUAUCUGCUUGUUCUAAUCUUGUAUAUUUAUAUUUAGAUGGAAACAAGUUGGUAGGGAAAAUCCCCUCUCAGCUUACCUCCUUGAUGAAGCUUAAAGAAUUCUUUUUCGGAAGGAACAAUCUGAUAGGAACUAUCCCUCCAUCUCUGGGGAACCUAUCAUUCCCUUGGACACUCUCCGGAGAUACUAAUAAGUUGCAUGGGGUUCUACCCGAAUCGUUAGGCAGAUUGACAAAUCUAAAAUAUUUAGCCUUGUUUGAGAAUCGAUUUUCAGGUACAAUCCCAUCUUCAGUCUUCAAUAUCUCUUCCAUUGUGCAUAUAGAUGUGGAAGGAAAUCACUUACAAGGCACUCUUCCAAUGAGCUUAGGCAUCUCUCUUCCACAACUCCAAUUCAUUUCCAUUUCGUCCAAUCAAUUCACUGGAUCCAUUCCAACCUCAAUUUCCAAUGCCUCAAAUCUAGCAAACUUUGAAAUAUCCGCAAAUAAUCUUACUGGAAAUGUCCCUUCUCUUGAAAAGUUGAACAACCUGUCAUUUUUAAGCAUUGGUUUAAAUCAUUUAGGAAGUGGGAGAGCUGACGACUUGAAGUUUCUUGCUGAUUUGACUAAUGCUACUGCUUUACAAAUACUAAACAUAGGCAUGAAUAACUUUGGAGGGAAGCUGCCUGAAAACAUUGCCAACCUUUCGAAGAAGCUCGAGAUAUUUUUCAUAAAUAACAAUCAACUCCAUGGAAACAUCCCAGCUGGAAUAGAGGUUCUUGUUAACUUAAAUUUUUUGUAUGCAUCAUGGAAUAAAUUCUCUGGUACUAUUCCUUCCAGCAUUGGAAAACUUAAGAAUCUACGAGAACUUUAUUUGAACAAUAAUAAUUUCUUGGGAAAUAUUCCAAGCUCUCUUGCAAACUUGACAAAUUUGCUUGAAAUUUACUUCUCUUAUAAUAAUCUUCAAGGCAUGAUCCCUUCGAGUCUUGCGAAUUGCACAAGUUUGCUAGCAUUGGAUCUGUCCAAUAACAUUCUUACUGGUCCCAUACCUCGAAACCUUUUUGAACUUUCCUAUUUAUCAAAGUUUCUUGAUUUGUCUGCCAAUCGUUUACAUGGUUCCCUUCCCAAUGAAGUAGGCAACUUAAAACAACUAGGAAUUCUAGCCCUUCAAGAGAACAUGUUAUCAGGAGAGAUCCCCAGUGAUCUUGGCAGCUGCGCAAGUCUCGAACAGUUAGACAUCAGCCACAACUUCUUUCGAGGGUCUAUUCCUUCAUCUUUAAGUUCGUUGAGAGGCAUUCAACAAUUGAAUCUUUCUUACAACAAUUUGUCAGGUAUGAUACCUAUAGAAGGCAUUUUUAAGAAAGCAAGUGCAAUAUCAAUAGAAGGAAACCUGAAUCUUUGUGGUGGCAUACGAGACUUUGGGCUACCCGCAUGCGAGUCUGAACAACCGAAAACGAGACUCACAGUGAAGCUGAAGAUAAUAAUAUCUGUAGCUUCUGCCCUUGUGGGUGGAGCAUUUGUGUUCAUUUGUUUAUUUCUUUGGCGAUCAAGAAUGAGCGAAGCUAAACCCAGGCCGAGCUCUUUUGAGAAUGCGAUAUUGAGGUUGUCUUAUCAAAGUCUCCUUAAAGCUACAAAUGAUUUUUCUUCAGAUAAUUUGAUUGGUUCAGGUGGCUGCGGUUAUGUUUACAAAGGGAUCCUUGAUCAAGAUGGAAGCGUUAUUGCAGUGAAAGUGCUUAACCUUAUGCAUCGAGGAGCUGCAAAGAGUUUUUUAGCAGAAUGCAAGGUCUUAAGGAAUGUCAGACAUCGAAAUCUUGUCAAGGUACUCACUGCUUGUUCAGGUAUUGAUUAUCAUGGUAAUGAUUUCAAAGCCUUGGUUUAUGAGUUCAUAGAUAAUGGGAGCUUAGAUGAUUGGCUGCAUCCACGUCCUCUUAGAUCAGACGAAGUGCCGAGAACUUUAAACGUUCUGCAUAGAUUAAAUAUUUCCAUUGAUGUUGCUUGUGCACUAGAGUAUCUUCACUGUCAUUCCGGAACACCAAUUAUUCAUUGUGAUCUAAAACCGAGUAAUGUUCUGCUUAAUAAAGAAAUGACUGGACAUGUAAGUGAUUUUGGGUUAGCUAAGUUCCUUUCUGAUGAGAAACUCAACUCUGCUGCAAAUCAUUCCAGCUCUGUUGGAGCUAGAGGAACCAUUGGUUAUUGUCCUCCAGAGUAUGGCCUGGGAAGCGAUGUGUCAACAUCUGGUGACAUAUUUAGCUUUGGGGUAUUGGUGUUGGAGAUGUUUACAGGAAAAAGGCCAACAGAUGACAUGUUCAAAGAGGGUUUGACACUUCAUAAUUUUGUUAAGAACGCAUUGUCUGAACAAGUGAUAGAGGUUGUAGAUUGCAAGAUUCUUCAAAUGCAAACGGAUGCAACAACUAACCGACACCCCAACUUAAGGAGUAGAAGAAACAACAAGCUCAUUGAGUGCUUGAUUGCAAUUUUCGAAAUUGGAAUCUGCUGUUCGAGUGAAUUACCACGAGAGCGUAUGAAUAUUGAUGAUGUUGUUGUUCAGCUCUCUUCUAUCAGAAACAAAUUUCUUGGAACUUGAGGUGAUGGGGAGAGAAAUACUGUAAGUACACUUCGAAAGGCAGGGUACAAGGAUGAUGGCCUGGAGGGAAAAUGCUAAUUGCUUUGCAGCGUUCUGGUCUCUAGACCUUAUUAUGGCAUUUGUCUAUGUGUAGCAAUAAUUUUGUAUUCUUCUAUAUUUCUGCAAUUACUGUAAUCUUAACUGUCGUUUCAUCAGUUCAAACACUAGAUAUAGCUGCCAAUGCCAAUAGUUAAUCAGAAACUACAGUUCCACUUAGUAAUGGGUACUCUGUUUUUGUUCA